UUUUUAAAAAAAAAAAAGAGUAUGUUUCGACAUCCAUAUCCUAUCGGCUACAAGGCAGAGAAGUAUGUCUUUCGAGAGCGAUAUAUGAUGGAGAUCCAGGAAGGACCCGAAGGCCCCUUAUUCAUUGUCGAGUCUGCUAGCGGUAAACGGUUUGAAGGGACAUCUCCUACGUUACCGUGGACCAAGGCAUGUUUGGCAAGUCACUCCAAAGGUACACGAAUCAGUGGACCUCUCUUCUUCGGGUUCUCUGAUCCAAUCACCCAAAAAUUGAUCGAAGAGCUAGAUGGAUAUGAGGAU